CUCAUAAGCGUCCUCCCUGCGCAUUCUCCGCACAUGCAGCACACAAAGAGCAGGAUGAAAAAGUCCGCGUCUGUCUUCAUCGUCCUCCUGGCGGCAACAUUUUGGGCGACCGGUGACGCCGAUAACAACACCGCCAGUGGGACCGCCGCUAACGAGACCGCCGGCACGACUGCGACCCCUUUGUUGACCUCCACGGUGAGGUGGACGCCAACGCCGCCGCUCCCCAGCAGAGUGACGCUCGGAGCGGAGAAGAAGGAGAAGGAAAACAAGGAGAAGGAGAAGCUGGCGCUGGCUUGUCCUCCCCUGGGUCUGGAGUCCCUGAGGGUGGACGACACACAAAUCCAGGCGUCCUCCUUCCAGAGGUUCGGUCUGGGUCCUCACAGAGGCAGGCUGAACAUCCAGUCGGGCAUCGAGGACGGCGACCUGUACGACGGCGCCUGGUGCGCCGACUACAAGGACCGGCACCAGUGGCUGGAGGUGGACGCCCUGCGCCUGACCCGCUUCACCGGAGUCAUCCUGCAGGGCCGCAACACCAUCUGGAGACGUGACUGGGUCCAAAGCUACAAAGUGCAGCUGAGCAACGACUCCAUCAGCUGGAAGAGCAGCAUGAACGCAACACAAGAAGCUAUCUUCGAAGGCAACGGCGACGGCGAGACUCCGGUGCUGGCCGUGCUUCCCGUCCCCGUGGUCGCGCGUUACAUCCGCAUCAACCCACAAAGUUGGUACCCCGACGGAGGCAUCUGCCUCCGAGCAGAGAUACUCGGAUGUCGCCUCGACGAGACCCAGGAGAGCUAUUCCUCAGAACCAGAAGCGAGAUCGAAGGAUAAGCUGGAUUUCCGACACCACAACUACCAGGAGAUGCGAAAGCUGAUGAAGUCGGUGGCGGAGGAGUGUCCCGACAUCACACGCAUCUACACCAUCGGGAAAAGCCACAUGGGCCUCAAGCUCUACGUCAUGGAGAUCUCCGACAAUCCGGGCAAGCACGAACUCGGCGAGCCAGAGUUCCGCUACGUGGCCAACAUGCACGGAAACGAAGUCCUGGGUCGCGAGCUGGUUCUCAACCUCAUGCAGUACCUGUGCCGCGAGUACAAGAGGGGCAACCAGCGCGUGGUCCGGCUCGUCACCGAAACUCGGAUUCACCUUCUUCCUUCCAUGAACCCGGACGGAUACGAAGUGGCUUACAGCAAGGGCUCCGAGCUGGCCGGCUGGGGCGAGGGUCGGUACACCUUCGAAGGAAUCGACCUGAAUCACAAUUUCCCGGACCUCAACACCAUUAUGUGGGACGCUCAGGAGAUGGCGGAGGACCCGUCCAAAGUCCCCAACCACUACAUUCCCAUUCCAGAAUACUACACCAAAGAGGACGCCCUGGUGGCCUCGGAGACACGCGCCGUGAUCAGCUGGAUGCAGGACAUCCCGUUCGUGCUGGGCGCCAACCUGCACGGGGGGGAGCUGGUGGUGACGUACCCGUUCGACGGCACCGAGGGCUGGGCCCCGCAGGCCCACACGCCCACCGCCGACAACGCCUUCUUCCGUUGGCUAGCCACCGUGUACGCCUCCACCAACCUGGCCAUGGCCAAUCCCGAGCGCCGCCCGUGCCACUACGAGGACUUCCAGGCGCACAACAACAUCAUCAAUGGCGGAGCCUGGCACAACGUGCCCGGAAGUAUGAAUGAUUUCAGCUACUUGCACACCAACUGCUUCGAGGUGACGGUGGAGCUUUCCUGCGACAAGUUUCCUCACGCCAGCGAGCUUCCUGCUCAGUGGGAGAACAACAAGGAGUCCCUCCUCCUCUUCAUAGAGCAGGUUCACCGAGGCCUUAAAGGGGUGGUGCGGGACAAAGAGAGCAAGAAAGGAAUCGAGGACGCCGUGAUCAGGGUGGAGGACCACGGGCACGACAUCCGAUCAGCCGCCGACGGAGACUACUGGCGCCUGCUGAACCCGGGCGACUACAAGGUGGCGGCGUGGGCAGAGGGCUAUGUGCCGGCCGUGCGCCACUGCCGUGUGGGCAUGGAGCCCCGCGCCACCGUCUGCGACUUCACCCUGACGCAGACGCCCGCGCGGCGGCUCAAGGAGAUCCGGGCCAAGGGCGGCAAGAUCCCGCAGGACCUGCAGCUGCGCCUGCGGGCGCUGCGUCUGCGCAAGCUGCGCGCCAGCACCAAGGCCAUCAACCAACGGCGAGAGGGCCAGCGGAUGCAGCGAGAGCAGGCCAGGAAGGCGCGAUCCUCCUCCUUGAGAUUAUGAGGAUUCGGGAUUUUAAAAAACUUGACAUGGUCAUGUGACCUCACUGUCAGACACAACAUGAGGUCUCAUUUGAUUAUGCUGUCCAAAUGUACAGUCACUUUUUUUUUUUUAAAUUUAUUAAUUAAGGACUAUUAGGGCCAGGUUUUUCAAUUUUAUAUAGUAUAUAAUAAAUUAAGAUAUUUUUCAUUGACAAACAAUUAUGAUAAGACUUAAUGUGUGUACCAUUCAAAAAAAGGUUACUUUUCAUAAAUUAGGACAUUUCUCGAAAAAGUAUUUCGUAAGACGACCUUUCAAAUUCUUCAAUGUUUUUCCUGUUUUCUUGUAAAUUCCAACUUUUUUUUUUUUUUAAAUCACAAAAAUCAAGAUUUUAAUAAAAUUCAACUAACUACGUUUUUUCAAGAAAACUUUUCUCAAAAAGUGAGUACAUGAAAAAUAUGAGAUGAAAUUUGUUCUAUUUUGAGAAAAGUGUAAUGCUACGACAAUAAAGUUGUUUUUUUUCCCAAUUGAAAAAAAGACCAAUGUUAACAUUUAAAACUAAAUCAGACUUCAUGCAUAAUAUAUUAAGACAGAAAGUAUGAAUAAUCUCACAUGAUUGUUCCUCCCCUCUUCACAGAAAUUUUUUUUUUCCUGAUAUUAUCACAACAACAACAAAGUUAUCCGCAUAAUAUUCCAACUUGAUUCUCAUUGCAUAAUUGUACUCUGUGGCCCUAAAAUUCCUUUUGAAAUGUGACAAAUGAGUGAAAGCAGACUAAGUGAACGUCGUCCACACGCGAAGACUCCGUUCCACCACUGUUGAAUGACGACAAAUUGUAUGAAGAUGUUUUGUUUUUGUUUUUUGUUUUUCUUUCCCCGCCCUAUCAACAAGUCUCAGCUGGUCUGAUGUAGAACUUUUUUCUUUUUUGUUCUACUUUGACUCACCUCCAACAGGACCACACUGGGUCCUAUAAUAUUAAUACAAAUAAAUAUUGCUUUUACUGUA